AUGGCGCGCGGCAAUCGUAUGAAGAAGGCCGACUGGUCAGAGGGAACCAACAUUAAGAAACAGGCCGGUGUCUCCGACAUGACUAUGCUGUCAAAAAUUACCAACGAGGCGAUUAACGAGAACCUAAAGAUGCGCUUUGCAAACGCCGAUAUUUACACUUACAUCGGGAACGUGCUCAUCAGCGUGAAUCCGUUCAAAGACCUAGGCAUAUACACAAUGCCUGUGCUCAAGAGCUACGAAAACAAGAACCGCAUGGAGCUUCCACCCCACGUCUACGCCAUUGCCGAGGGAGCGUUCCGAAACAUGAUUGCGUACAAGGAGAGCCAGUGCGUGAUUAUCUCGGGCGAGUCAGGUGCGGGAAAGACAGAGGCAGCGAAGAAAAUCAUGGAGUACAUUGCCUCAGUGUCCGGUGGCGACUCGAUGUCUAUCAAGGAGAUCAAGGACAUGGUCCUGGCAACCAACCCGCUGCUCGAGAGCUUUGGUUGCGCCAAGACUCUGCGUAACAAUAACUCCAGUCGCCACGGCAAGUACCUCGAAAUCCAGUUCAACAAUGGCGGCGAGCCCGUGGGUGCCAUUAUCACCAACUAUCUAUUAGAAAAGAACCGCGUGGUGGGACAGAUCAAAAACGAGCGCAACUUCCAUAUUUUUUACCAGUUCACCAAGGCAGCGUCGCAGGCAUACCGCGACAGAUUCGGGAUUUCGGGACCCGAGAGCUACCUGUACACCAGUAAUGCUGGCUGCCUUGACGUGCCCAACAUUGACGAUAAGAAGGAGUACGCGGACACGCUGCAGGCGAUGAACAUCAUUGGAAUCACGCUGGCUGAGCAGGACGAGAUCCACUGCAUGCUGGCGACCAUCCUCUGGCUGGGCAAUGUGCAGUUCUCUGAGGGUGGCCCCGAGACGGUCAGCAAGCUCAUGGUUUCGCGUACCAUGGAGACGUCACGCGGAGGCCGUCGCGGAUCGAUCUACGAGGUUCCUCUCAACGUCGCGCAGGCGCGGUCAGCACGCGACGGCCUGGCCAAGGCCAUCUACGACCGGCUGUUCGACUGGAUCGUCGUGCGCGUCAACCAGGCCAUGCAGGCGCGCGCCGAGUCCUCCUACAUCAUCGGUGUUCUGGAUAUCUAUGGCUUUGAGAUUUUUGACCAUAACUCGUUCGAGCAGCUGUGCAUUAACUAUGUUAACGAGAAGCUGCAGCAGAUCUUCAUCGAGUUGACGCUCAAGGCCGAGCAGGAGGAGUACGUGCGCGAGCAGAUCAAGUGGAAGCCCAUAGACUACUUCAACAACAAGAUUGUCUGCGACCUCAUCGAGGCCAAGCGGCCGCCAGGCGUGUUUGCUGCGAUGAAUGAUGCGUGCGCGACUGCACACGCCGACCCCAAGGCUGCUGACCAAUCGCUGGGCCAGCGCCUCAAUGCCUGCACCCAUAGCAAGCACUUUAUGCAGUACGACGGCAAGUUCAUCAUUAAGCAUUACGCCGGCGAUGUCACCUACGAGACCACUGGGAUGACAGAUAAGAACAAAGACCAGCUUUUGCGCGACCAUCUUGAGCUGUGCAAGUCCUCUGGAAACUCGUUCCUCAAGGGUCUGUUCCCGGAGCCCCUGGACCAGGACUCGAAGAAACGUCCGCCCACCGCCAGUGACCGCAUCAAGCAGAGCGCUAACGAGCUGGUCACGAAGCUCAUGCAGAGCCAGCCGAGCUACAUCCGCACGAUCAAGCCCAAUGAGAACAAGAGCCCGUCGGAAUUUGACAACGAGCGCGUCCUGCACCAGGUCAAGUACCUGGGUCUGUGCGAGAACAUCCGCAUUCGCCGCGCCGGCUACGCCUACCGCCAGACAUUUGAAAAAUUUGUUGAGCGCUUCUACCUUUUGUCGCCCAAGACGUCGUACGCUGGCGACUACAUCUGGACAGGCGAGGCCAAAGAGGCCUGUAUUCAGAUCUUCAAGGACACUGGCAUUUCGGCUGAGGAAUGGCAGAUUGGAACCACAAAGGCUUUUAUCCGCCACCCCGAGACGCUAUGGGCCCUGGAGAGCCGCCGCGAGCGCUACUGGCACACAAUGGCGUCGCGCAUCCAGAACGCAUGGCGCCGGUACAUGACGUUCAAGAACAAGAACGCGGCCAAAAUCCAGCGCUUCUGGCGCCAGAAGCGCCAGUAUUUGGAGCUGGCCAAGAUCCGUGACAAGGGCCACGAGCUGCUGGGCGGGCGCAAGGAGCGCCGUCGCUUCAGUCUGAUCAGCGCUCGCAUCUACGCCGGCGACUACUUGCGUGUCAAUAACUGCGGCAAGAACACGCGCGGGCAGCUCAUCCGCGACGCCGCCGGUAUUGGCAGCGAGCAGGCAGUCUUUACUAGCGAGAUUGAUGCCCUGAUCCCCCGCGCAAUGCGCUCAGCCAUCCCGAUGCCGCGCCUGCUCGUUAUGACUAAGGACAGCAUCAUCAUUAUUGCUGUGGUCAUUAGAGAGAACCUGGUGCAGCACGUGCUUGAGUCCAAGACGCCCAUCUCCACGGUAAAGGACGUGGCCAUGUCGCCGUACCAGGACGGCUGGACUGUGAUCCACCUGGAGAGUCAGCCCGACCUGGUCAUCAACUGUAUUAUCAAGACCGAGCUUCUGACAUGGCUCAACUCUGUGUCACGCGGGAAGAUCAAGCUGCAGGUCAACUCGACCAUCUCGUACCGCAACAAAAAGAUGAAGGCGACGCAGAUCAAGUUUGUCAAGAACGAGGCUGCCAAAACAGCCAUCUUUGAGAAAAAGACCGUGCAGAUAUGCACGGGCGCGCCCGCCGACAGCCGCUCAGCCGUGCUGGCGCCCAGGGAGUCGUCCUUCACGCACAACUAUAAGAAGCCGCACACUGCCCGGACGGCGCCCAAGGUUUCCAACAACAACACUGCCAGCCGCCUGCAGCAGCAACAGCAGCAACGGCCAUUGAGACAGCCGCAACAGCAGCAGCAGCAACAGCAGCAGCAAUACAAGAUGCCUGAGCCAGUCCAGUACGUGCAGCAGGCAGCCCCCGCAGCCACAGCCGCUGUCGCUGCGCCCACCGCAAGUCGGUCUGCACCGCCCGCACCGCCGGCACCACCACCAGCGCCCCCAAUCCAGCCAGAAAACCCCCGCCAUAAGGCCCUGUAUGACUUCCCCCCGCAAAACCCCGGCGAGCUGGGUUUGGAGGCUGGCAAGAUCUACGAUAUCAUUGACAAGAACGCCAACGGCUGGUGGCUCGGCCUGCGCGAGGGGAUCGAGGGCUGGGUGCCGUCAAACUAUUUGAAUCCUGACCCCGAGGCAUCCGUUCGCGGCAGGGCUCCGCCGUCAGCAGCAGCACCCGCCGCCCCUAACCCUGCAGCCGCACUCCGUGCGAGCGCCAACGGCAACGGCGUUGCUGGUCAGCAGGCAGACAGCAUGGCUCAGCUGGCGGCGGCCCUGACCUCGCGCAACAACCCCAAUGGCAACAGGUCCAAUGCUCCGCACGCCCAGGACUGA